AUAUGAAAUGUCAUCUGUGGUAAUGAUUUACUCCAUUCGGUUUAGAAUCAAUGAAAAAUAUUUUCGUCUGUAGUGUUUUAAUUCAAUCUUGCUGCUCCCUAAUCGUAUUUCUGCACCCCACCCCAUCACCAACAGAGCCGAAAUUUAUGCAUUCUGGGCACAGACUGAUAGUGUUGGCUGUCUAUAGCAAUAUUGCUACUAGCAUUCAACAUAUUUACUACUACAAGUGAAAACCAUCCGGAAUUGCAUGGAGAGAACUUACAAUAUGGAUUCAUUUAUAUCUGAUUGGAAUUUUUUACGAUCAUAUUAUAUUUAAAAAUUAUUUGAAGUUUUUAACUUAGUUCUAAAAUGUCUGAUAAAGUGAUUCGCCGUAUCCCAACAGCUUCUGCUUCUGUUAUUCAAGCAGAUCAACGUAGUUCCCAUAUAAUAAGUAGCUGCAUUGAUAUUAUGGAUCAGUCUGAUGUAGAAGCAGCUAUGAAGAAAUCUGAAAGUGAUACAGAAUUACUGAGUGGAAAUGUAAUAAACUAUUCCUUAAACACUUUAACGAGAUCAAAAAAAAUUAGUAAUCUAGAAAAGACAGAUGAAGAAGAUGUUGUCAAAUUACGUGAAAAACAAGGACGUGGCCAAAAUUUAGCGAGCAGGCACAUUAAUCAAGCUUUUGAUUAUCUUAGAACAUAUAAGAUGGAGCCACUUGAAGAGAGUACUAUAAUAACUGAAAAUGAAUACACAGACCUCCUGAAGAAUGAAACUGAAAAUGAUAACUGUCCUUUAGCAUCAAACAAUAAUACUUCUUGUGGAAAUACUGAACACCAUUCUUUACCUCAAAGUGAAGAAAAUGACUCUAUUUUUCAUACUGAUGGCUAUCAGCAUCAUGAUAUUGUAAAAUCCUCUGAGAAAAGUCCAAAUAAAUUUCUUAAGGAUAGUAAUACUAAUUUUACUGUAGUAAGCAAUCACACAGAUAGUCACAAAGUUAAAGAUCAAAGUGUCACAAACCAUGAAAAUAGAGAACUUUGUCAUGCUGAAUUUCAGUCAGAUUCACCAGUUAGUAUAAGUCCAGAUUGUUCAGUAAAUGUAAAUGAAAACUGUUCUGAAUCAUUAAGAAAAGCUGGAGAUGAAAAUGAAAAUAAAAGAACAGCGGUUAAAGUUAAUUCUAACAAUACUUCUGAAGCAGUGUUAAAAGCACCAACUUUACCUCAGGAAGGCAAUAUUUCAGAUUUAACAGUUGAAAGUGAUAAGAAGACAUCAUCUGAACAGCAAUAUUCUAAAGAGAAUUGCUUAAAUGUUGCUUCUCCUUUACAUGAUAUAAAAAAUAACAGUGAGAAGAGUACCACAAGUACUGUUGGGGUUCAUGAUGCUCGCAGUCAAAGUAAAGACUGCCCCAUUGAGAAUCGGACUGCUGAAAAUUGUGAUAAUUUAGAAACUCGUGAAGAUGAAGUUGAUUUAAAAUCACUGCCAUCAUCAAUGAGUGAUCCAUCUGUAAAAAGUUUACUUGAUAAAACACCAUGUCCUAGUUAUCUUAUACAAGGUGGCAUGUCGUUAAGAAGAGGAGGAAGGCAAACAAACCCACACUUAAACAUUACCAGCGAUGAUGAUUCCUCAGAUGAUGAUGACUCAGGCAUCUAUGCUGAAAGUACACGUAAUUCAGCAUGGAUUUGUGUUAGUGAUGAUGGAACACUUUCUAGCCGUAAUGAAUCUCCAACUGCUGCUCGUUUGCCAUCUAUUAGUGAUAUUGAGAAUGCAGAAGAAGUUGUCGUAGCAGCUACUGCUGCCGCUGCUGCUGCUGCUACUGCUGCUGCUGCUGCUGCUACUGUUGUUGUUGCUGAUGGUAAUUCUACUAAAAAACCGGAUGAUAAUGAGGUAUUUUUGGAGAGUAAAGCUGACUGUCAAGUGCCUUCAAACCACAAACGGUCUGAGUCAAAUGCAACCACAGUUUCAGAAAAUAGCUUCCGAAGACAGUUUCUUCAUCGAAACAAAAAAGUAGUUUUACGCAAAGAUAGUCAAACUGAAUAUCAAAGAUUUUCUGCUAAAUUCUUAGAAUGUGAAGAAACAGUGCAUUUAAUGAAAGAAUCAGAUGAAGAAUUUGGUUUACACAUUUUGGAUAGUCAUCCUACUAUUGUCACAUUAGUAGAUCCAGGGAGCCCUGCUGAAAAGUCUGGGAUUAGAACUGGCCACAUACUUGUAUCUAUUAAUAACGUCAGUGUUCUGGAAUCAUCACUUGAAGAAAUUAUAAAACUUAUUCAACAAUCUGAGAACAAAGUAUCUCUCACAGUUGGCCUAAGUAAUGUGUGCUACAGCAGAGAUCUUGAAGCUCCACUAAUGACUGGAUAUAUGCUCAAACUAGGAAACAGUCAUUUACCACUUCUCAAAAGGGCGUCAUGGAGAAAGCGAUGGUUUGUGUUACGAAAGGACAACUGCUUGUAUUAUUACAAAUCAGAAAAGGAAGACACACCACUGGGAGCAUUUCCAUUAGCUAACUAUUGUAUUUCUCGCUACUUGGACACCAAUAAGGAUUAUUGCUUUAAAGCAGAGAAGUAUGGUGCAAGAACUUAUUAUUUUAUGACAGAAAGUCGAGAAGAUAUGAACAGAUGGGUUGAAGCACUCCAAAUCGCUGCCCAUAGUUCGCAUCGAAAAGAUUCCUGGCUUGAUGUUACCAGCCAUAAUGUUGGAAUUCCUGCUCUUGAAAUAAAGCGUCCAGAUUGUAGUGGUUAUUUGUAUAAAAUGGGCAUGAAUCGAAAAGUGUGGCGACGGCGCUAUUGUAUUUUGAAGGAUGCCUGUGUCUACUACUAUAAGAAUAUUGAAUCCAUUAGUGCCAAAGGUGUUGCUCACUUUCAUGGCUAUGAGGUAGAUGACAGAGCUCUGCCAGAGAAGAAAUAUGGUUUUGUUGUCAGUCCUCCUGAGAAGUCACUGCGGACAUUUUACUUCAAUGCUGAAAAUGAAACUGAUAAGAAAAGGUGGGUGGAAGCUUUGAAGAAAUCUAUUGGAAGAUGGAUCAGAGUGCUUUGAAAAUGCUUACAUUAACAAUCCAUUGAAAAGAAAACUGCUUCAUUAUGCUGAGGACACUUUAACUUUUAUUUUCCUCUUGUACCAACCAUUAGCUUAUUAUUAUUCAUACACGAACAUCAACCAUUGAUAUCAUUGUCAAAGAUUUUCUAUCUACCAUGCAUACACAUAUGUUGUUUUAGAUAUAUAAAGCUUCAAAAAUAUUGAAAUCACUCUCUUAAGAGAAUCAUAUGCUCCAAGAACACACGCAUAGUUUUGGGUAACUUUUAGAUUCUCCUUCCAUUAGUGCACUUUGUAGUGGACCCAACCAUUUAUAUACGUCAGCUUUAAACAAAGACAUCCCAUAUCUGGAUUCAAAGCUUUAUAUAUACAUACAUACACACACACACGCACGCAUGCACACACUCAUACAAAUAUAUAUAUGUAUGUAUGGAUA